CUAAUGUCCACGAACGUUGCUAAUGUGACCAGAACAGGGAGAGCCGAGUUCAAGCUCCCUCUUUAAAGCGUUUCUGACCCCCUUUUUUUUUUCUCACCGAAUGAGUUAUAGUAUGCUGUCUGCAGGGACGAAAGUUUGGAGGAUUGUACGAAGUUAGAAGACACUUGAAAAACUCGUCUUUUCACCAGUUUCUCUUUUCAGAGAAAUAUGUCAAAGCACGACACCUUGCUGGAAGAUGGACUAAAAUCAGAGCUGAUGCUCAAACAGCAGCUGAAGGCCCUGAAAGAAACCCUGAGGAAUCAGCUGCAGGAGACAGAGAGGAAACAGAAAGAGGAGCUGGAGAGGAGAAUCCAUCUGAACGCUCUGCUGCCAACAUAUGAUGGGAGAGAAUCUGGUGAUAAAAAUGAAGUGGACCAUCAUGUCAAACGUGGUGGCAUGAGAAGAUCUACACCUCAACAUCAAGAGACUGUGCAUCAUCCAAGACGGCCAGAGAAGCCUAACUCAACAUCUCCAGCCUCUGUUACUUUAACAAACUGGCAAAAUGUUUCCAUCCGGACUGCCACACCAACUCCUACUCAUGUAAGAAAAGAAAGGGAGGCUGCAGCUGAAUGUCAGAAGAAGUUCAGUGCUCUCCCAGUCCCCAUCCAUGUCACUCAGCCUCUCUAUCAGGAGAUGAUAGAGCUGAGAGAGAAGGAGAGGAAGCAGGGCCAUGAGCAGAGAAGGGACUUCUUACUCUCCAUUCAAAAACCCUUCAGUUUCCAAGAGAGGGAAAAAGAGAAAAGCGAGCAACUGAUAGCAGUGUUAAACCAGGUAUCACAGGAUCAGAGGAAAAGUUUAAACAAAGCUAAAGACUUGUCCGAUUCUGAACUAAAAGACCAGGAGCUUUGCCGAGAAGUCACCACACCAACAGUCCGACAAGAGAAUCCUGCUGUGUCUGGCAGCCCAAAACUUCGGACUGCCGACCGCACCAGGAACCAAAAAUUGGGAUUCCUGGAUGAGAGGCCAAGCUUCCAACCAAAAAUUAACCACCAGGUUCCGGAUUUCAGCAGACUGCACAGAGCCUUGCAGACAGAAGGACUGAGAAAGACACAGAGCAAAGCAGAGAUAAAAUGUCAGCCCUUCCAGUUGAGGACGUCGGCGCUCCCUGCAAGGCGAAGUAGGAUGAGUCAGGAAACCUCACAGAUACCAAGAAAAGGAAAUCUCAGCAGAAGCAAAUCAGUGGGAGCCCUAACAUCGUUGUCUACAGACACGCUGCCCACAUACAUCACAGAUGCUGCCAGGAAACGCUGCACGGCCAUCAGAAGGUCAGUGGAGAUGAGAGAGAACAAAAAUCAGGAGAGUAUGGAUUGGCUGAGGAAGUACCAAAUGAGGUCCCAGGCCAUGAAGAGGGCAGUCGCUCUCCAUGCAAAGCUGCUGGACCCACACAGCAGCUUAAAAGAUGUGUUUGAUGAAAAACUCCAGCAGCAUUGGGAGGCUGACCAGCAGAGGACGAGGGAAUACAUGAAGGAGUUACGGGACAUGAAGGCACGUGUCAGCGAACGCCCUUACCUGUUUGAGCAGGUGACACAGAAAAAUGCAAAAGCUCAUGCAGAGCAGACAUAUAGAAACAAGCUGAAGAAAGCUGGAUUAAAGGAGCAAUUUGUGGAAGAAAAAGGAGGUGCAACAUCAUCUGGAUCUGAGAACGACACAGACCAGAGCUGCAUUCAGAGCAGGGAUGAAAAUGUAGACGACGGGAAGAAAAUUGAAGAUGUGGAAGAGAAGAGCGUGAAGUCCAAAGAAGAAAUGCCAUGAUCAAAAAGGGUUUAGGCGGCACAGAGUUUUCUGUGGCCUCCCCGCUAGAAAACAACGCCGUCCUCAGAAAUGAUUCAUGUCACGGCUUACUGUCCGCAGCAAGCGUUUGCUAGUUUAAGAUGUCCAACUAUAAAUUAUGAAAUUAUAAAACGCUCUGGACUUUACAGUCUUAUAUGUUUGGAAUUAUAAGUCGUUUAUAGAACUUUAUAUGUUCCAAGUAGUAAAUAUUUUAUAUGCCUUGAGUUUUACACACACAUGUCUAUACUGUGUUAUAUAGAAUCUGCAUGACAUUUCAAGGAGAAUACAUUAAAAUGAAAAAGGCUGCUUCUGGUUUUAUGACUACGGUUUUGCUUAAGAAUAUAAACUGUAAUUUAAAGAAUUAUGAUACUUGGUUACCAGAAUAAACAGCUCAACAACAACAUAGCAUUACAUUGUUACAAUAAUUUUAUGGUACCCAUUACACAGCAUAAGUUUUUGAUAUCAAAAUAAAGAUCACAGGGUAUGUAAGGCCUUUUCCCUGCUGUCUUUAUUUGAAAAAACAAGCAAAUGUCAGUUUUUCAUUGGUCAUGUCCCAUAAGGACACUUGGUGUCUGACAUGGGCUUUUCUCUAUGUGUCUGGUUCACGUUCCCAGUUUCUUUUGCCACGCUGCCUAAAUAAACAUCUCACAGAGACUAUUUAAGUGGUCUGCUCUAAGCCCAUAGACCCACAUCAAAUACACUGACCUUCACUGUAAACCUGUGCUUAGACAGCCGACUUCCAGGAAUUUUAGAAAUCAUUUUAACUUAGAAACCACAUGGGAAUGUCUGCCUAUCUUAACCAUCAUAAUCAAAAUGUCAUCAUGAAGAGACCAGCACAUACCUUAUAGUUACUUUUUCUAGACCACUGUGUCAUGCAUUGACACUAAAGACAAUAUUUG